AUGGCGGCCGGGGAGGCCUUCAACAGGCAGUUGCACAAGUUUUCCACUGCGGACAAGGCAUUGCUCAUGUGGUCGCUGGCCAAAUCCAGGGUCGUCCACCUGGCCCUGUGCCGGCUCCUGAUCCGCAGCCUAGCCGCGGAGUGCUGCGCCAAGCUGCAGCGCGACAUAGUCAGCGCCACGCUGUGGGCCACUGCCGUCAUCUGCCCCUCGCUCCCAGCUGGCGAGGAGUGGGCGAAGAAGCUGGUGCAGGACCUCUGCGUUGCUCAGCCCUGGGCGGGCGCCUCGCCUUUCGAGGUGGCCAAUGCGGCGUGGGCGUUCGGGCAAGUGCCGCCGGAGUGGGUGAUCGCGUUCUGGCCAGCGCUGCUGUCUUCGGUGGAGCAGCUGUUGCCAGGCACACUCACGCUGCACGAGCUCUGCAACCUCCUGAGCGGCCUGUCCCUGUGCCCCGCGAGCGUCCGCGGCUCGCCCCAGCUGCUGGAGGAGGUCUUGUCCGAGGACAGCUCGCUGCAGCUCUGGCGCUGA